AUGCCGCGGAGAAACUUGGCACGGUGGGAGCCGGAGGCGCGAGACCAAUCCCUGCCCUUGUUCCUGGAGAAGGCUCUUCUCGCCGCGCUCACAGCCAAGUCAACGUCCUCAGCCGUCCCGGCCGGCACGUCCCCUGAAAAACAAAAGGAGAAAGCUAAGGACAACGCCACAAUUCAUAAGAACGAGCACUCUGGAAGUUCGGGCAGCAGCAGCUGCUGCUUCCAAGUCGAUGAGAGAAGUGCCCACCGAUGACGCCUUCUGUGGCGGGAUUGAUGACAGGGAUCCUCCUCCCCAGAACAGGCUCCUUCCACUCUCCAUCGAUGAAGAGCUGCCGGCGAGGCACGACGCUGGCCUCCGACGACAUCACAGGCAAAGGGAUAAUUUGGAAAGGUGACAGGAGAAAUGGGAUCAGCGAUCAGCGAUCACAGAGAGACAGAAACGCACAGAGAGAGAGAGAGAGAGAGAUGGACUAG